AUGGCGCACCGCAUCCCUGUCACGCUGUGGAAGAGCUUGAUGCUGGUGGCGCUGUGUGUUGUGGUGGCCAAGGACUUUGCUGGAGCUUCAGCACUGCGGGUCGACGCUGCGCAGCCGAACUGCUUGUCUUCGACUCCUGGCGAAGGGGUGACUGUCGUUGUCUCUGGCGACUUUGGCCCAUCUGCGCCAGUGCCUGCAAGCAACCUCAUGUGCCUGCUCGGGUCGUCGGCGCAAUCCGCCUUGGCUGGCACCUGGAUCAGCAGCACGCGGGUGCAGUGCGAUCUUCCUGCUGCGAACGCCAUGCCUGCAUCUGUCGACUUUGUGCUGCGCGAUUACACCUAUCAGCUGCUCCCCGCAAAGUACAUGCAACUGCGCAUCACCCUCGACAGCAACGCUACUCGCGUCCCUGGCUGGCUCCCCGUCUUCACUCCGCCGGCGACAAGUCUCUCUGGGCUCGUGCCUGAUCGUGGUCCAAUCGGUGGCAACACGCACGUCACCGUGUCAAGUGUUGGCGCCAUUGACAACCGCGAUCUUCGAUGCAAGUUUGGCACGGUCGAGACAAAUGGCAACUUUAUCGACGCUACCUCGUACCAUUGCACGUCUGCCACUGUCGGCUCGCCUGGACUCGUGGAUGUUGAACUCAAAACCGAGCCCACACAAAUGUCCAUGGGCGUCUACCUGGAUGGCGUUGACGAUUAUGGAGUUGCGCCCAUCCCUGUGGCCGAGCUGAGUCUCAACAUGACGUUUGAGACGUGGUGGCGUCCCGCCGAAAUCCGUGGCCGCCUCCAGGCGCUCAUCCAGAGUUGCGUGCCUGGCGAAACGCCCGAGACGAACUGCGAAUUCUGGAUCACGGUUGCUCGCCCAAGUGCAACGGAUCCCAACUUGAGCGCGUUCGGCUUUGGCCACGAGUUUUACAACGGACAAAACCAAGAGGACAACUACUACGUCCUGCCCCUUUCGGCUCAAAGCCAGUGGCAGCACGUGUCGGUCGUUCGUGAAAUCUGGGAUCCAACGCUGGCGGUCUGCUCAACGGCUGGUUGCCCGGCGAUUGGCGAAUACCGUGUGUACUGGAACGGCGAGCUUGCCGGAGAGCCGUACCAAUUCACCGUCAACACGAUGAAUGGCACGACCAACACGUAUGUUGGUGCGUUGUACACCACAUCCUUCUUCAAGGGCGUGAUUGACGAUGUGCGCAUUGUCGACUACCCCAAGACGCAGGCACAAGUCCAACAGGGUAUGCACGAUGUCUACACCGGAUACGAACCCGGCACCAUUGUCUCGUGGGACUUUGAGCCAAACCAUCAAGUCUUUUCAGUCACAAGCUACCAGAGCGAUAUGGUCACGCCGCAUCAGUACACAAACUUUAUCACCACCCCUUCCAACCCAACCGUCCCGUACCAGCUGAACAUGGGAGGCGGCACUGCCCUUUUUGCCGGCCAGAUUGUCCAGGCGGUUGCCUUUGCAGAGUUCCCUGCGGCCCCGUCUGGUCUGCAAUUCUUGUACUACACCCCAGAGACAAUCACCGACUUUGCUCCCCAACACGGCCGCACCUCGGGUGGUACCGUUGUCACCGUCUAUGGCACCGGAUUUUUGAACUCGACCUACCUCUCAUGUCGCUUUGGUUUGGCCGAUCCGACUCCCGCCAACUUUAUCAACUCGACAACAUUGACGUGCAUUUCGCCCGCGUACUCGAUCUGCUCCCAAGGCUCGGAAAGCCUGGUCAUUCAAUUGUUUGUCUCCAACAACAACCAGCAGUUUGUUGUGGCAGCAGCAAACUUCACCUACUACCAGCCCGCCACAAUUCAGAGCGUGUCGCCCACCCAGGCUCCUCUCACCAGCACCUUUCCCGUGACGAUCUUUGGCAGUGGAUUCAUCUCGACUCCCGAGUUCCGCUGCCUUUUUGGCAGUCACGCGUCCGUGCCAUUGUCCAUUACCCCCACGCAGGUUGUCUGCUACCCGCCACCCGCCGAUUCCGGUGAAAUUGUGGUCGUUUCGGUGACCAUGGAAGGACAGACCUCGCCCGCUUCGCAGGUCAUCUUUACUCUGUUCGAUCAGUGGUCUGUUGUGGAAACCACAGCGGUCGGCAUUGCCAUCUUUAUGGGCAUUUGCUUUGCCAUCGUCGUCUUUGUUCAUAUCUGGCUGUUUGUGCAUCGCAAUGACAAGGCUGUCAAGGCCUCAGCGCCUCUGUUUGGCCAAUUCAUUUUGUUUGGCGCGUACCUUGGCUUUGGCGCGGUUUCUGCCUUCUUCGCCACUCCCACCGACGCAUCAUGCACGGUGGGGAUCUGGUUUGUUUUCCUGUCGUUUUCCUUCAUGUUUGCGAGUCUCUUUAUCAAGAACUGGCGCAUUCAGCACAUCUUCAAUAACAAGAAGCUCGACAAAGCAGCGUCGAAAAACCUGACCGACCUUCGUCUCUCUAUCGCCUUGUUCUUUGUGGUUGGUAUCAUGAUCAUUAUUCUUGCAGUCUGGACGGGGACGGCCGACGACAAGGUGCAGAUCGACGAUGAGGGUUUUGCGUCCUGCUAUGUCAACCCCACUUUCCAAGGCAUUCUGUUUGCCUACAUGGGCGUCAUGAUGCUGUUUGGCAUUAUUUUGGCCAUCCGCACCCGCAACAUCAAGGAGGAUGCUUUCAAUGAAAGCAGGCUCAUUUCGGUUGCCAUUUACAACGUCUCCUUUGUGACUAUCAUUAUGAUUCCGCUGGUGACCUUUACGACCGAUGUUCGGGCGCUCCUGGUGAUGAAGAGUGUCGGCAUUCUUUUCGCCGUCAUGGUCACUGUCGGCUUGUUGUUCUUCCCCAAGAUUUGGCAAGCAGCAAUUCACCAGCGUCGAGUCGCUCGCAUGCGAAAUUCCAGCGAUCAAAACACGCCUGGGCCCACCAACUCCAACACCAACGCAGCAUCUGCGCGAGCCGGAGGAAUCAAUUCGCCCAGGGGUUCGCAGAACAACGAGGGGUCGCAGACUCGUCAAACUCACUCGCACGUCUCUCAUCCCUCAUCAGACGAAGCGGCUGUGGACAUGAUGCAACUCCCGAUGAGCGAGUUCAAAUCUCCUUCAGAGCAGCUGCGCGCUUGA